CCUAGUUUCGGCCUGUUCCGCGACCACUCGGUCAUUUUCGCCUCUUUGUUUUACUGAUAGUGGCUUUAACUCGGAUUCAACCCAACAUCCAGCGGACUGUGCGGCUCUCAAACAGGCUUUGAUGAGAUACUCUCCAUGAUGAGCAGCUAACACUUUUGGCCGCACGACCACAGGAACAGACGUGGCUGUUGCAACGACCACAGUCAACGCAUGGCGGUAUUAGGGAACCCCGACAUGCUGACGAGGAAGAUCAAGCUGUGUCACAUCAACGCCCACAUCACAUGUCGCCUGUGUGAGGGCUACCUGAUCGACGCCACCACCGUCACGGAGUGCUUACACACCUUCUGCAGAAGCUGCCUUGUGAAGUAUCUGGAGGAGAACAACACGUGCCCCACGUGUAGGAUUGUUAUUCAUCAGAGUCAUCCACUGCAGUACAUCGGCCAUGACAGAACAAUGCAAGAUAUUGUCUACAAGCUCGUACCGGGACUUCAAGAGGUGGAGAUAAAGAAGCAGAGGGAGUUCUAUCAAAAGUUGGGCAUGGAGGUGCCCGGGGACAUUAAAGGAGAGCUGUGCAACAUGAAGACUCAUCUAGACCAGCGCAAUGGCGAUGCCAAAUCAGAGGACACGGCCAAUAAGGAGGCAGGAGAGGAGAAACCAGAGGAGGACAACGACUAUCACCGUAGUGACGAGCAGGUCAGCAUUUGCUUGGAGUGCAACAGCAGCAAACUUCGGGGCCUGAAACGGAAGUGGAUCCGCUGUUCAGCACAAGCAACGGUCCUCCAUCUGAAGAAGUUCAUCGCCAAAAAGCUUAACCUGACAUCGUUUAAUGAGCUGGACAUUUUAUGCAACGAGGAAAUCUUGGGAAAGGACCACACUUUGAAAUUUGUUGUUGUGACGAGAUGGAGAUUUAAGAAAUCCCCUCUCCUGCUCCAUUACAGACCCAAGAUGGACCUGCUGUAGCUACAAUGGACCCCGUGGUUGUUUUAUUAUUAUUUUGUUGGCCCAGUGGCCAGACUGUGCCGAAACUUUUUUUAUUUAUGCAAAGACGAUCAAGCCAACACCAAGCAAAACACCCGACGGUAAAAGUCAACAAAAGCCAGCAAAUCAACAUCUGACAGGACAAAAACUGGCCUCCAGCACAGAAACUGCAACACUGGUGUGUUUUUAGGAAUUAAAACAACCUUUUUUUUUUUCGUCCGCUACAUCCUACAUAUGUGAACAAAGAGAGAAAAAAAAAAAAAAAUGGAGAGAAAGCAUAUAUUUAUACUUUUUGUACAGAAGAGACACAUGAACCAAGACACUACUGGUGCUCUGUUUACAAGCAAACAAGAUGUCGGGAAUCAUGUGACCGUCUUUUUGAGCUUCAUGCAGACUUCAUCCUCCUCAGAUGGUGGCUGACAGAAGAGGAAGGUUUUUUUUUUAUAUAUAUAUAUAUAUAUAUAUAUAUAUAUAUAUAUAUACAUGAAAAGGCGUCUUUUCACAAUUCACUCAACAUGUCUUGGGAGCACAGAAAGUAUAUGGAAAAGUUAUACAACAGGCAUCAAUUUUAAGGUGUUAUUGAAUUGUCUAGAUCUUUUUUUUUAUUAUUUCAUUCUGUCUAAUUUGAUAAUGGAUUCCUGAUGAUUGUCAAUUGUGAAUAGGCUAAUUUUUUUGUGUAGUAAUUUAUGUUCUAUAUACCAAUAUUGUACAUAAAAUGUCAUAGAGAUUGAAGAGAGACUUUAGACUGUUAAAAGAGUGGAUCCCUAAAGUGCUAUCUAUAUGUUGGGCAAUAAGUGUCCACAGCUCAUAAAUUAGGAUUUUUAAAGACAAGACUCACUAUCAAAAUAUAUAAAAGCAUCUUUUUAUGUUGUCUGAUUAAGACACAAAACAGCUCUAUCAAAUCCUUCUUAGUUUAUGUGUGUGGGGAGUCUCAUGUUUCCAUUCCUCUGAUAUGAGAAUUCAGCUCAGAGAAGGAAGAGAAAGCAUCCAAACUAAGAAACUGUCCUCACGUCCACGCUCCUCAUCUCACGGAGAACAUUAACUUUAAUUCUUUUUUUAUUUUCAAAAAUCAACAACUUUGCCCAUUAAUGCCUGUAAGAUGUAAAAUAUAUUCCCCCUUUGGGCAGAGGAGUUGUUAUUUUUCAUUGAUUUGUAUUUUUUUUUUUAAAUCUCAAUCCUCUCACCAUGCAGUCCGUCCUCUUGUUUCAGCAGCAGUGGACAGUUUUUCUGCCGCUGUCACACCAGAAUUUUCCUUUCAGCCACAUUUCUACGAAUUUUACUGCAAAACUACCAAAGCUGCAAUUGGAAGAAUUUUUGUAAAAGUAAAGAUUAAAAACACACCAAUCUCACUCAUCUUAACCGCUGUAGUCUUAUCACAUUUAUCCAGAUUCAGUUUGAAGGACUGGAUUCAUCUCCCCAGAGCCGAACAUCCUUCGUACGAAACACCACCGACGGGCGUGUUUGAUAAACUGAUGUUGCAUUGUUGCAUUUCUGGGACAAAUUUCAGUUUCGUCUCACUGCCAGCUGGAGAUGCAAAAAACGUUUCAGUGUUUUGAGGCAUUUCUGAAAGUUAGAGAUAAUUUUUAUCACAAAAAUCAGUAUGAAAAUUGGACUUUUGUAGAAUGUUCAAUAUUAACUUUGCAAAAGACUUUUUGAAAAACAAAAUACAGUCAGGUUUAGCAGUAAGCAUUUUUGAACAUUUUGAUAAUGGAAUUUAGAAAAAUGACCACCGUUUGGUUGUUUGGUGCUUAUAAAUGUCUGUUUUAAUCUUGAGGUUAGUUCCUCAGCAACAUGCUGUUGAAUAGUUUGAGACAGCAAACUAACAAAAGGUCUUUCUCUGUUUGUUAAAUAUCCUGAACGUUCUGUAACGUUACCACAACUGGAUCCUGAACCCUGUCAGACCUCAUGCAGUAUUACCUCACUGCAACUCAACUCUGCACUGCAUCAGGCCACAGCAAGUGUUUCUGUCUGUGUGUUCUAUGUCUGAGAUAUGAAAAGUCUGGAAAAAUGUUGGACAUCGAACCAAAUCACAUGUGUAAACAAAACCAUUUCAACCAAACUCCAAGCGGUUCCACUUCACUACUUACAGUAAGUCUUACAACCCUCAAUUCAUCUAAACAAUCUGUUCAUUGUUUUUGGUUUUUUUAGUGGUUGACUAAUUGGGAAAUAUGAAGUGAGAAAAAAAAAAGUUAAAGACCAAAUUUCUGAUUUCAAAUUGAAUGUCUGGUUAAAAAUCAGAUCCUAAACUCAAGAAUGGUUUGGCAUCCUUUUUGCCAUUUUUAAGAGUAUAAUUUGGAUCUGCACCAAAUUUAAUGAGAUUUUUUGUGCCCACCUUACCAAGAUUUAUGAAAUUCUCAAAUGGCAUCAAGCUCAACCAAUAACAAGGUACACCUUUUUGGUUGAGCUUAGGCGGUUUAAUAUUUUCUCCAUAUUUAAAUGUUUCAACCAUUUUUUUUAAAAAUGAAAAUAUCAUUUUUACUUUUUUUUUUUAAGACUGAAGUAACAAAAUGAAUAAUAAAAAUAUUAAAACCAAAAACAAUGGGCAUCACCAUCCUCUCAGCUCAUUAAAGGGCAUUGUGUUGGUGAAAAUACCUGCAAAUGCUACUUGCUGUGACAUAUUAUGUAUUAUGUAUUUGGUGUUUUGAAGGCUUAUACACAUUAUUUAACAAAAAACAUGAAUAUGGUGCUUUUAAUAUCGGCAUUUCAGCAACCUGGUUUGUACUUUUGAGUUUUAGCUGUUGUUGCAGUUAUUUUACAGCUGAUAUUUUAUAACUUUCUGCCUGUCCACAGAUCUUUGUUCCUUCCAAACUAAGUCCUUGCUCAGUUUCAGUGUUGUCACCUCCUGCUUCUGUAAAUGUCCAGCUUAUGUUUAUGAGGAAAUCUCUUUACUGUGCAUCAGCUUUUUCUUCAGGCGAUUAAGCUGUAAAACACCCAACAUGGUGCUGCUGUGAUUUAUGACAAACAAAAACUUGUAUCACACACACAUUUCUGUAUGAUGCUUAACACUGAAUGGACCAUUUGGUGCUGUUUAGUAAUGAAACAGGUCACAUCUGUGUGGUUUCUCUUAAGCCAAUUCUCAUCUUUGGAAAGAAAUUAUUUUGAUUGUGGCACAAUGUGUGAAGAUGAUCAAAUGUCCCCCUGAAGUGUCAGCUUUGUCUUGAACCUUUAACUUGGGUUAGGCAAAUGUGUUGGAUUAAGAUCACAACAGUGUAAAGAAAGACAAACAACCUGCAGGUCCUUCUUGUUUAAAAAUACUCUUAAUGGUGACAAAAAGAGGCAAAUGAGGACAUUUAUGUUUGAUGUAGAGCUUUUCUGUCACCAUCAGAAUGAAAGUAAAACUUUUUUUUUUUUUUUAACACAGCUUUCUGUUUUUCUUGGUAGUCAAACAGUGCGGUACAUGCAAAUGUACCAAAAAACUGGUUAAAAAAAAUCUGAAUUCAAACUACAUGAAAAAACCGGACAAAGUCGUCAUGUGUUUUUGUAGUACUGCGAUCAAUGUGAGGAACCUGAUGAAAGACGUGGGGGGUCUUUGGCCACAGUGACUGUCAGUCGUUGUCUCUGCUGCUGGUGCUUUUUUUUUUAAUGGUGCUAACAAUUCCUCAUUUCAGACUUUUUAAAACAGAGAUUCAGUUGCAGACAGAGAGGCACUCUGAGAAAAUCCUCCUGUCGCCUUUUUCCACAGGUCUUUGCUCCCUACCUGUGUGUACAGAUAAAGAAGGUGCUCCCCCACCCCCUCCCGUCUUUUAUUGAUUUGUUAGUUUUGCCCACUAGCUUAGACUUGCUCUGGAAAGCAAACUGAGGGAAUUUUAAACAAGUCAUGGACUGUGACGAGGCUGAUGCUGUGAAAAAUAAAAGAAAAGUGGUGAGAAAUUGGGUGUGCUAGCACCAAUUUCAUGCCUCAAACAGAAAUCACACUUAUCACAGGCUUCUUUGUUGAGAUGUAUACACCUCUCAGUCAGAUUGAGACUUGCUUCAAUCUCUUGCUGAUAAUUGACUCUGCAAGACUUUUUAAAAUACCAUCCAGUUGAUUUUGUUUUUAUCCUGGAUGUUCUCUUGAGACUUGUGGGAGAACUGACUAUACCACAAUGUGUGUGGAUACGGCUGGUUUUAUCUUUCACCUCAGAUUCACUUGAACAGAUCAGUGUUCACUUUUAUAUUUUUUACAAAAAAAAAACAAAAAAACAAAAAACGGGACCAACAUUAAGUCGUCAUUGCCAAUAUGCUUGACAGCUGGGCAAAGAGGCUUACAGGAGGCCUCACUGCCUCUCUGCAGAUAUGAGAUUUAAAAGGUCUGCUGCAUGGAGUGAGGCCAUGAUCUGUCAAAGCUCCAUCUUCCGAGGUGGUUUUCCAGCAUCUUUUGGACUGUCACUAUGAGCAGAUUUUAGCUCACUCUCACACCACGAUGUGAGACAAUAUAUUUUGGCUGCUUUGUGCAGUUCCAGAAGUGCAACAUGUCUCACAAGUCUGCUCAUUCAUUUCAAGGCUCGCAUCCAUUUUUGGCUGCAGAAUCAUUCCUGGCAACUUAAAAUGGCUUUUGUGUGUUUACUUCACUGUAUUAAACGUCCACACUGGGAGUGUAGAAGCUCUUUGGUGUCCAGCUGACUUUUCCUCCCUCAGUUUAUAAGUUCUCUGUAAAGCUGAGUAAUCUUACCAGCCAGCAUUUUGUGCAGCAGAGAGGGAGACCACGAGGGUCACUCAGAUGGCAACAAGGACUAAAAAACACUCCUAAAAAUACAGAUCUUGUUUGGCUGUUAUGCUGCAGGCUUUGAAAAGUGCUGCGGUCCACUGCACUGAAUCCCAUCGCUGUGGGUGAGGCUGUCUACAGAGCAGACUACUGCUCAAAUUAUGGAUUGUUUUACCACUUGAGGAUCGUCAUUGUUGCUUUUACAAAUUCAAGUUUCAGUCAAGUUUCAGUGACUGAAUGAUGGAUCGACACUGCCGGUUUUAGUAACUGGGGGCAAAAAAUUAAAUCUGUUAACAGCUAUCAGAUCGCCCCCCCAGUAGCUAGCAUAAUGGAGAUCAUCAAUAAGUCUGUCCAGUGCUCUUAUUUAUUUCCAUUGAAAAAUUAACUGCUGCAGUUGUUUCCUUUAAUAAUUAUUUGAGACUUGUCCUUUUUGCUCAGACUCAUGCAGAAAAUGGCUUAAAUUAUUAAAUCACAAUUUAAUUCUUAAUCUAUUAAUCAGCUAUUGAUUAACUGUGUUAUGUCUACGCAAUGCUCUGUCUCUGUGUAACAAACACAAAGGUUGUGUUGUUUUUUUCUUAGUCAAGUGUAAAAAAAAAACAAAACAAAAAUGGUGUGAAUCUGGCAAUGUGGUGGUUGUAUUUGCAAGGAAAAUGUGCAAUAUACGGUUCUCAGAUGGUUCCAGGAUUCAGCAUAGAACUCCAUUAUUAUUAUUAUUAUAAUUUUUAUUAUUAUUAUUAUUAUUUUUACUGUUUUCCUUUUCCAGUCAAUUCCUCAGGUCACUAAAUGCCUUCUGGUCCUGAGGGUGACCAGGAAAUCUCAGAACAUACACUAAUGCACCCAAAAUACAAAUGACUGGAUUUUUAUUAGUCUUGUCUCUUCGUUAUGUUUCUUCCAACAUUUUAUACAAAAAAUUUCUCAACUUUAUUUUCACUCCAUUUUGUUUCCAGGUUACUGCAGGCACUUAUUCAGGUGUCCUUUUCCUUGCCUCCUUUUGUAUUAUUGUUAUUUAUUGCACAUUUACUGAACUGGUUUCCAUUUAAACAUGUUUAAUUCAAGGAGUUUUGGGUCUAGAAUGGGGCUGGAAUUUCUUACCUACAGAACUACAGAAGCUUUUGUCAAAACCUAAAUGUGUAUUUCAUGAAUAAAUGCCUUUAAAAG